UCCAGUAUUUGCAGCACCCAGCCCUGGUAACCGGCGCCUUGUCGCAAAGCGAAGCAAUCUUGCCGCGUUUUAUAGUCAAUAACUGCGAAUCAGCAAGAACUGCGUGAACUGAGCGAACCGCAAAACCAAGUGAAAUGGAUGGUGAGUGCCUGGCCAACGAGCAGAUGUGCGUGGGUCGCCAAAUCACUAAUGCCACCCAUGCGUCCACAGCUGUAAUCGAGGACAUGUGGACGCCGUACAAGCAUUUGUACAACACUUUUCAGACCGCGGUGUCCAAUCGCAGUGGCUUCACCUCGGAUCUGGAGCAGUGCCUCAAGAAGUACAAGCACAACUUCAGCAACUUGCUGCGCAAUCCGCCGAGAAGCGAGAAGAGCCGCAAUCUCCUACGAAAUGCCCUCAACGAAGGCGUCCCGAUGCAGGGGCAUUCGCGAAAGACAAAGAUGUCACAGGACCUGGCCGACGAGGCGGUCAUUCUGUCCGACAUGUUCGAUCUGGACGAGGGUUUCGCCGUGGAGCUGCUGUGCACCGCACAGCGCCAGCAGAAGCAUCAUCCCGGCCUGUCCAGAGGCCUUGUCGCGGUGCUGCUCUACUACGAUGGACGAAAGGCCAUCAGCUGCACGCUUCGCGACAUGUUCCAGGUGGUUAGCGGCGUCUCGUGGAACACCGAACUGCCCAAGGAGAUCACCGGUCUGGUCACUAACUAUGCCGAGAGCCUUGUCGACGGCUCUGGGAUACUGGGACGCCUGCUGCAGCUGCUCGAGGAGAUGGAUGUCGACAAGGAGUGCGCUAUGCUGACCACAAACCGCGCGUUUGGCUCCAAGAAGCAUCAGAACCAGGUGCUCGGCCUAUACGAGGACAUUCAACAGGCAUUGGCAAUGGCCCUGUUCAAUUGGUCGGCACAACGCGGCCUGCCGCGACACAUUGCCAUUCGGCUGAUGCACCAAUUGGCCAACCGAAAGAACCACGACGCGGGCGGCAACAUGGACGACGUGACCCUGAUCAUGCUGAUGGCUCUGCUGUAUGCGUACGAUACCUCCAUGCUGCUGGUCACCGAGGAACCCAAUGAGCACACAACCCGACUUCCGAUCUUCAGCGAUCGCGAGUUCGCCGAGUGCUUCCUGGAGGAGCUGUACGCGCAGAGCAGCUGGCAAGCACCGCGCCUGAAUGCCAUCAUUGCCUACAGCUUCGGACUAACGCUGGCCAGCCUGCGGCAUGCACCUUUGCAGCUUCAGGCCACCGCCAUCUCGAUCAUCAAUCGCGAUGAGAUGCUCAUCGACGAGGCACUGGGAGCGCAGGUAUUCGUCUUCUUCCACAGCUUGCUGCUCGAGAAGGAUCUGGUCUAUAGCACGCAGUUCUUCUACCGCCGCGUCCAUCUGCUCAUCACGGACUUCAUCGACUUCAUGAACUCCAAGGUGUCGGAGCUGCGCGGCCGAGCAGACGAGUCGUCACACACGAUCAUCAGCUUCCUAAACGAGGGUCUGGAACCGCCGCCCAACUUGGACUCCAACUUUGAGCUGCUCAUGCUGUGCGUGGCCAAGAUGCACGGCGAUCCGCGCGUCACCAUCAGGCUGUGCAACGAGUACUGGGGCCCCGGCGAUCCCAACGGCUCUACGGCAUUCAAGAACACCUCGCGCUCGGUGUCGCUGUUCAAGUUCAUUAGCUUGGCCAGCGACCUGCUGCCACAGACGCUGUUCAAGGCCUACCUCAAGAUGAUAUCCGGACUUACACGGACCGAUUUCUCGGCUCGAUGCGCCUUCAACAUGCUUAGGGUGCCCCAGAUGGCCACCGGCGGCAAGUAUGCGGUUAGCUGGGAUCACUUCUUCACCACCCUGGGCAACUACUAUACUUCGAUGCGCAACGACUUUAACACCAACAUCGGCAUGAGCGGCGAGACCAUUUACCGCACCCGAUCGACACCAAAGGCCAUUACGCAGCGAGAGGCGGAGCAUCUGGUGGCCGUAAUGGGCAUCAUACAGGCGGUGGCGGAACACGACGAGGUCUCGCGCAUCAUGAUCUGUGACCAUCCCAAUUGGCAGACGCCGCAGGUGCUCCUGGGCCUGGUUGCGUGCGCCACGCCGCUUUUUUUGAAGGCGGAGAUUCUGCACACGCUGGCUGCCCUGGCCAAAUCGAAGGAGACGGCGCGCGUCAUCUGGUUCCACCUGGAGGCCUCGCAGAUUAUACCCACUGUGCCCGUGUCUAGAAGCUAUGCCCAGUGCAGUUUGUUGGAGGAGAUGGAACAAAUCGAGAGCCGUUCGGAGCAGUAUAACCUGACGCGCGGCAUCCUCCAAUUGCUCUACACACUGAUGACCACCAAUCUGCCGAAGAGUUUGGGCGCCGGGCAACGGACACCGGCCUACGAAGGCUAUCUAAAGUCCAUGAUAAAUUCGGUGUUGCUCAAGUUUUACAAUCGCGCGUACAAGGUUCCCUCCGAGAAGUGGCAAGUUGGCGCCCAGUGCCUGAAACUGCUCUACUACCUACUGGCCACCUAUCGGCCGUCCGCAAUGGAUUUUCUGGAGACAGUCGAUGAACCUCCCUAUCCGGGCUUUCACGUUAUGAUGCAGCUGCAGCUGAAGUCCGAAAUGUUGCAGCUGCUGCUGUGCAUUGUGGAGGAGGUGCGUGAGCGGCUGGACAACUACAAUCGCUUUCAGGGCAAGAAGCUACUCGAGGAGUGCUCAUUGUACGCACUGCUGAUCCUGGAAGCCGCAUUGGCGAAACAGAACGCCUUCUUUGAGGCCCACUCGGCGGCCAAUUGCCCCAUUUUGCUGUCGGGCCUGAAUCGCAUGCUCCUGGAUCUGAAUCCACGCAGUCGCAAGCCCGAUCACGUGCUGAAUAUCAUUAAGUAUGUAACCUAUAAUAGCUGGCUGCCGCGGCACGCCCUGGCCGCCAUUAAGAUUCUGGCUUCGGUCACCCAGCUGCCGAAUGUCUCCACCCAGAUUCUCAGCAUGUACGGUCAGGGCAGCAAUGAGAAGCUCGAGAUUCGUCAGGGUUUCGUCGAGUGCCUGGAAAUGGAGGUGUGCGUGGGCAAGCACGACGACGAUUUGUUGGACCAACUGGCCCUCAACAAUCACGUUCCGUAUCUGGGAUUCGGCGAUGAUCUGGACAAUGAGCGAGAGAUGAGCGGGGAACGCGAAUAUUCAACUAUUGAAUCGCAACUGGAGCUGCAGGCGGGGGAUGGCGCGCUGGAGAGCAAACCGGCUAGCAUUGAGCUGCAACUGAAAGAGGCCAUUAUCAAGCUGUUCGAGAUGAAUCUUAGCCAGCAGUUGCCCAACUUUGUGUACUUCCUGCUCGGCGUGGAUGUGCUGCGCGAAUUUAUGGCCAACGGACGGCAGCACCUGGCCAUCGAGAUGCAAAGCUCGUGCGUGAACUCCGUAGUGCUGUUGCUGGAAAAGUACAUGGAUAAACAGCGUCACAGCGAUAAGUACUGCGAGCACACGGCGAGAAUCGUGGAGCGCAUUUACCAUCUGUUCCAUGGACUCUGCGCCAAUCGCCGCACCGCGGAGACGAUACUGCGCUACUUCCGGCUAACGUGCAGCGACUUCCUGCUGCGUCACCUACGCUCGCUGCCCUUCCGGCAGCAUCGCGAGGAUCAUGUGCUGCACGCCAUGGGCCACCUGCUCAACUGCGUCUCUAUCGAUGUCAAACUGGCGGCCAAACAUGGCCAGAUGACGCGCUUCAACCAGAUGUGCGACAUUUUGCUAAUUGGAAACGGAAUGGAGCGUUCAUCCCAUGGCCUGUCGAUGGAAUUGGGCCACAGCCUGAUUUCACAGCCGUCGUCGUCUUUCCUCGCCAUGGAUGUGCUACCGGCCGGUGGAUCGAUAAGUGCCGUGGCACAUGGGGCUGGUUCGGCGUCUCUCGGAGCUCCAAACACUGGGGUCAAAUCACUUAAGCCAUCGCUGCUGCAGGAGACAUCGCAGGGACUGCAUGUCACCCGACUGCUAGAUAUUCUCGUCCUGGAGGCGGGCACGUUGAGCCAGCCGCAGCUGGAGUUCUUCGACGGGCAUCUGAUCACUCAACUGCUGCGCGACUGCGAGGCAUCCGCCGAAGCUGGCGCCAAUUCCAGGGCCAACUUGAUCAACGUGCGCAAACUGUACUACAUUCUCACCGACGAGCUGUACAUGGUGCAGAGCAUCAUUGCCAGCGGCCAGCGGAAGGCCAUUUCCACGGAAAUCAUGCUGCUGCUCAAUCACGCCGUCAACAUAAAUCGCGUGCGGACACAGCGCUGCGCCACGCUGGCCUUCAUGGCAGCAUGGGGUCAACUGGUGCAGGUGCUCUUUAGCAACAUGCCCGAUGCCGUGCUUCCGGCGACGCAGCGUCGCCAGCACAUCAUCGAUAUCGUCGAGAAGGUACUCAUCAAGGUGCAGCCCAUACAGCCCAUCAUCGAGAUAUCCGUACAGGUGAGCGAGACGGUGCUGCUGCUGCUUGCCAAUUUGCGCUACUGCUGCUACCAGGCCGAGGACCAGAGCCCCGAGGAUCUGGCCGCCGAGGAUUCGCUCAGCAAUGGCAAUGGCAACGCCAUCGGCAACGAUUCGCAGGUGAACGCAUUGUGUCUGGGCCAGAGGGCAAUCGGAACUGGUUCGGAUGGCGGCAGUGGAGGUGGACGGGAUAUCGGUUCCGGUGGCAACAGCAGCAAUCUGCGAUUCAUUCUCAAGAACCUCGUCCAGUGGAUCAUGAUCAGUGAGGUGAAGUCGCAGAAGCUGCGCAUCAAUCUGUACAGUUCGCUGCUGAAUUGCCUGCGGAUCGCGAAGCGACUGCGCACCGACGAGCAUCUGGAGUACCAGGAGACAUUGAUUUCGCGCCAGGAGAGUGCACGCACGUACAACAAGGAGCAGCGGCGCGACGAUCGCCUGCGGCUGAAGGCCAUGGCGGCGGAAGUGAUUGGCACGUUCGGCGAGAAGCUGAUCGACACCAUCUGCCACGAUGCGGUGACCGGCCACGAUGUGUGCCGCAUGCUGGCGCUGGCCUGCCUGGACAUGAUCUCCGAGCUGCAGGCGGUGAGCACGCUAUGCGACUUUGUGGCAUCGCGUGGCUACCUCAAGCACAUACUGGAAAGCCUUGAUCAGUCCAGUACGGCGCUUUGCGGGAUUCUGCAGCCCGUGCCGGAUCACCUGAGGCCGCUCUACGUCUACGAGUCGCGCAUGGCCUUCCUCACGCGCAUGGCGAACAGCAAUGUGGGAGCCCGGCUCCUCCUCACCGAGCAGGCGCUGGGCGUGCUUUCGAAUAUGAAGGUCUAUGACCAGCAGCCCGACCUGAAGUCCAGCGAACUGAAUCGUAACGAGCCGCAGACCUUCCUCCCGUCCAUCGAUGACCGCUUCCGGUCGAUCCUCCUGCCGGCGCUGAGCCUCUGCGAUGCCAUUGUCAACUCGCUGGGUCCGCGCAACAACUCCGCCGCCGUGCAGGUGCUUAACUUUCUGUUCGCCCACAUCGACAUGGUCGAGGCCAUGUUGCGCUCGGCCACGCCGUAUAUGGACCUCGGCCACCUGCAGCAGGUGGCGGUCAUUAGCAAUCUGUUUGCCCGCGCCUCCACGCACGAGUUGACCGCGCUGGAGGAUAGCGUGCAGCUGGAUUUGCGAAAUCGCCUGGGCCGCGUGCAGCAGCUGAUGAUCGUGGUGUUCGGACGCUUUUGCGUAAGCGAGCCCACCAUUCGUCGCAUGCUGCAGCAGGAUGAGGAGCAGCAGACCAACCCCACCGAUGACUCGAAGAGGCUACGUGUCAAGUAUUUUCUGGAUAUAGCAGCCAACGUGUCGCUCUACUGCCGCAACGUGGUCACCAGCCAUUCGAAGGACAGCAUGACCUCCAAAUACUUGCUGACCACCGUGAUCAAUGAUGUAACGCUGCUCACUGGCAAAAUGUCCAGCAAAAAGCUGACGACCAUCAUGCACACCAUCCUCAAUCAGCUGAAGGGCUCCAUCGGCUACUACCUUUCGCAGAAGUCGAUCGCCGACAAUCUCCUCCAGCAACGCGCCUCCCUGCCCAACAUCAGCUUUGGGCCCAACGGUAAACAAAGCUACAUAGAACUGAGCCAGCGAUACAACGAGAAGCGCAGCGAACUGAGGCAGGCCGUCUUCAUUGCCGAGCAGAAUCUGUAUCUGCUGUGGAUCCAUCUGGACUUCUAUCUGCGCAACACCAUCGACUACGCCAACGAAAACAGGAACGCCAUCAACGAGAGCAACAUGGACGACGACAAUGACAUGUCCGUGCUGAACGCCUCGCAGGAAGAGAUCGUGCAGCUCAAGCAGCUGCUCAUCUCCACAUUCAACGAGACAUUCUGCACGCAGCUAAUCAACGCCAGCGAGGAUUACUCGAUUAAGUGCAAAGGCUUCAAUGGCUCGCUGCUGCGACGCAUUAAGGCGCUCGUCCAGUUCGCCCCCAUCACUGCCAACGAUGUCAAUUCCAGCUUCGAUUCGUAGGCGGUGGCCAAGCGAUAUGUUUAGUUUUAUAUAUCAAUAAAAAAAUGUUAAUUUUCUAAAACG